UCUUGACGGGCUUCGCUCGUGAAGCACGUAACAUUUUUUCUCCACCAAAAAGAGAAGGAAGACAGGGAGAAGGAGGAAAUUUGGGAGAAAAGCCAGGAGUGAGAGUUUUUUGUUUUAUUUUCCCCAAUUUGUUUUUCGUUUCCUCUCAAAGAAGGAAGAGAGACUGUGCCGUGCGUGUGUGUGUGUCGGUCGAAAGGUCACUGGCGAACGGAGUGAAAAAGUGAGUUUCAUGGCAAACUCUCUUCAAUGACCCCCAUAGCGACACAGGAGUGAAGCAGUGAAGAAGCUCGGGGAGGCGCAUUCGAGAGACUUUUGCCGAGGGUAAAUCAGGAGCGCCCCAGGCCACCGGAGGGCCCCCAGUGUGGAGAGAACUGAAGAGUGCUCGAGCCCCAGUCGCAGUUGAGAGGAGAGUCUCUCGCUCUCUGACAUAGAAGCCCAAUUUUGAGAGACAUUUUGCCAUAUUUAGCACAUUGUUGCAUCGGAUUUGUGUGGUGGAUCCCAUCCGGAGGAUACUCCACUGUGGUGUGGUGGUAACAAAGUGGCGCACCUCGGCCAGCAGGCGUUAUAAAUUGGAAAGGUUUUUUUACGUGGCACAUUUGGUAGCACGUCAAGAUGGCCGCCCUGUGCACUGGUAUUUCGUACGGAUUGUCGCAAAUACAGAACACCAGCGCGUCCGCGGAUGGCAAGGAGUUGAUAUUCGUCAAGUUGACCGACUCAGCUUAUCGUGCCAUUGAGGAAUUUCAGCGAAAUCAAAGCAAAAUUUGUUCUCAAGCAACUAUUCAAUUUCUCGGAAAUGAAGGGCUCAUCUCGUUCCCGUCUGUGUCGAACAGCGGCGGACAAAAGUUUAGCUUCUCUCUGUCUGAAAUCGAGGGUCCCGCGGGCUCCUUCGAGUGCAUCCAGCAGAAUCAGGGGGACCUCGAUGUCUUGGGCACAUUGUCCAACAAGAUGCGAAUACAUGCCAAUGAUGAUGUGUACGAGACGACAAAGCAUAGAAUGGCUGUGGCUGAGGAAAAUCAGAAAAACAAAUGUACUCGAGAAAUUAAGCCCAAUCAAACAGACAUUGGACGCCGGGUGAAACUGAAACCAUCGAGUAAUCGUCUGAAUAACAUUCCUAGCAAUUCUUCAAGUUCUUCGUCUUCAAUUACACCAUACAGCAAGCGUGAUUCAUUUCACCUCAAUUCAGCAGCUCCUGCAUCAAAUCCAACUAGUUUAUCAUCAAGUGUUUUAACAAAUAAUAGUAAUAAUAUUGCCAAUAAUUACGGCACGACGUCAGCGUCGUCGCCGUCGCUCAAGACGACAAAUGGAACGACGACGGGCGGUCGAAGUCAUGGUGUCGCCGGCGGUGGAGUGAAUGGUGGAACGCAAGUGUUUGGAAGUGGAGCAAGUAGAGUGCCUAAUAGAGUUGCCAAUCGGAAUAAUCAGAGUUCAUCUUCACGAGGAGGGAAUCCCGACAUCAUGAAGAGAUCGAUAAAAGAAAGGCUGAUUCACUUAUUAGCGUUAAGGCCGUACAAAAAACCUGAAUUGUAUGCAAGAAUAGUCACUGAGGGUGUCAAAGAUCGUGAUAAGAACAACAUUAAGAAUAUUUUGACGACGAUAUCUUACCUAAGAGAUAAUACUUAUCAUCUGAAUCGACACAUAUGGAAUGAUGUGCACGAGGAUUGGCCAUUCUACACGGAACAGGAUCGGCAAAAUCUUAAGAGGCGAAAACCUCAAAAUCUAACACCACCUCUGAGUUCCGACGGCGGCUCGUCAACGUCUGGCCAAAGUCCGACCAGCACGCACAACGGCAGUCCUCCGCCGGCUGUGAAGCGGCCCGCGAUGAACAGUGAGAAGUAUCUGGACGGGCCCGUGAGCAAAAAGACCCGCAUCAGUCGCGUUGGAAAUCCCAAUCACGAUGCCAGACGAGGAGUGGCGGAUUCGCGAGAUUGUGCCAACAUGAAUCCUCGUUCCAGGGAGCAUCAUGAUGAUAUGAGGUCGUCCAGUAGUUACUAUGGUUCAAAUUCAACACCAACCACACAAGAAUCUGAGGACAGCGGAUUGAGCUUGAGCUAUUCUGUGCUGAGAUCAGAUGCGGCUCAGCGUUUCCUCUCCACAAGCUCAUCAUCGGCGGACACGGAGGCACAGCAUCAUCAUCGAUACGAGGAGGAUGCCAAUGAGCUGAGGAGUGACACGGGCAAGCACAACGGCAACACACAUGAUUUCAGCAGUCAAUUCAGGAGGAUAGAAUCCAUUGAGCAGAGGCGGGAAUACAAGUCGAUAUUCGACAAGGAUUACGCGGAGUACAGAAAGCUGCAUGCGGAUAUUGAUCAGGUGUCGAAGAAGUUUGCUGAAUUGGAGGAGGCUCUCAGGUUUGAGGAGAAGAGACUUCGGCGGGAGGAGCGCGAUGAUCUGAAGUUUCGGGUUAAGGAAAUUCAGAAGCGAAUUCUCAACGAGUACAAAGAAACUAUGCGAAACAGGAAUCAUCAAGAGUCUAAGAGGCGGUUUCAAUAUCUGCAUCAGAAACUGUCGCAUAUCAAGAAGCUCGUCAAUGAAUUUGAUCUUACCCUCACCAAUGGCAAUGGCAUUCUCACGCAUUCGGGCUACUGACGAUUAUUGAUCGUUAUUGCAACUGUUGGUGUAUACAAGUGAAUGGGGGAAAGGAAGUGUAAAAAGGUGGACAGCGUGCGAGGAUCACGCGAGGAAAAUCUCCCGCGCAUUGGAAGCGAAAAAAGUCACAGGAUUGGAGAAAAAUACACCAUCAAUUUGCAUUCCGACAUGAAGAGAAGGAGAGAGAGACACACACACUCUGAUCAUCCAUUCGACUCUCCAUUAAGAUUAUGGUUUGUUUUCCUGUUUUAUUUUAACUACAAUAUGUCGAUAAGUGCUUGUAAAAUGAAGAUGGAGAAGUUGCAAGUUGAGAGACAGCGAGAGAGAGAGAGAGAGAGAGGAGAUGAGUGACGAGAGAGACACACACACAGCAUAAGGAAUUAUGAUGAUAAACAAUGACGACUCUGGCCAUUCUGAUUAUUUAUGUUUUAAUUAUUAAAUAAUGAAUAUUUGUAUUAAAUAAUUUGUAAUUUGUACAUAAAAUAAUGAGAUCAGAACUAUAGACAGUUGUGUUACAGAUUUGCAUAAAAGAGAGAGAGAGAGAGAGAGAGGGGAAUGUUAGGAGACAAUUAGAGAUGAGUAGGAAAUAACGAAAGAGAGAAUACGAAUGCUUCGUGAAAUCUAUCAAUUUGAUGCACAUUUUUUUUCUUGGGAUGUCUUAAUUUUUUUGCCAAUCAUGAGAAAUGUUGAAACGUUUUUUUUUCUCCUCCCCUUAUGUUAAAUCAUUGCAAUUUCUUGUCGAGUUUUUAUUCUUUUUAAGUUGUUGAUUUCUUUGUUUUUUUCCCAAAUGAAAAGGAAGAAAAAGUCUCGUGGAGCAAUAUUUGUGGUUUAGCGUAGAGGUGAAUGCAUUUUUUGAAAGAAGAAGAAGAAGAAGGAAAAAUCGAUGAAAAACAAGAGGAAAGUUAUUCAAUUAAUCCUGCCAUAUGGUUCUCUCCCUAUUUGACAAUGUGUCAUAUUUACUAGAUGCGACGAGAGUCAGUUUGAGUCUUGUUGCAUUCUGUGCGCACCGUAAAAAUUGCAUUAUUCGUCCAUGAAUCAAAUUUUAGAUGGAGAAAAAGAGAAGGGGAAAAAAGCUGUUUGUUUUACUUUUUUUGUAGCAAAUUUGUGUCCUAAAAUAAGUUGACUUGUGUUUCCAUUGUAUACAUUUUUAAGGCAUUAAGCAUUGAGAGUGAGAGAGAGAGAAAGAGGAUAGUUUAUGUUGUUUCACCACAAAAGACAGCCAUCCAGUUGACUUGCAAAUAAUAUUUCUUACCAUCCAAGACGAUUUAUUGACAAAUUUUUGACAAGGGAAAUUCAAUUCGGCCAAAUAGUUGAAUGUUGAAGCAUUAUAAAAAAAAAACAAUCAAUCAAUCAACGUCUAUUCGAGAAGCGUCUUUUAGAAAGAUACAAUUUAACGUGUGAAGUCGUCCAAGAGGAGCAUUCUUUGAGUUCCGCGCUCACAAAAUGACACAUGAGAAGAGAAAAGAGUUCAAUUGAUUUUCGAUGAAAUGGGCAAAAAUUCGACAAAAUUUUUGAGUAUGAGAAAAAGCAAAAUACAAAAUUUUCAAGAGUCAGUGAAGAAGGAAUUUAAUGCGCGCGUGCGUGCGUGGUUUCUGAAAAUUGCCAAAUAUAUAGCGUUGAUUACAUAUUGAGAUAAAAAAAAACAAGUUGGAAAACAGUUUGAAAAGAAGGCAGUAUAAGAAGAGAAUAAUCUGAUGAAAUAAUUUGUAUAGAAGACAAAAAAAAAGAAUCAUAAUUUAUUAUAAAUGUAUUUAAAGGUUAAGACAGAAAAUAUACAUAUGUAAAAAUAUUUUUGUAUUAAAGUAAUCAUUAUGAGAGAGCAAGGCAAGAAAACACUAUUGAUGUCUUUUCACAAGAUUAUAAACUUAAAUGAGGAAAUAGUUAAGAUAAGGGAAAAAUAACUAGAAUUUUGGGAAGAGUUGUUAAUUUUUCCCAAUGAAUUUCAGCCGUUUUUCUUAAUUUCUUUCACUCUUUGGACAAUAUUAAGACUGAUUUAAUGGUUUUCCCCCUAUUUUUCUCACUUUCUUUUGUCAGACGAAGAAGAAGAAGAGGAAGGAAAAAAGACAAUUUCAAGGGAUUUGUAUACGUAUGAUUGUUUUCUUCUUAGAAUAAUCAGUCACUUUAGUGCUUCCUUUUUGCAUGAAGAAAAGUUGUUGAUUUUUCAUCGUUUUUUUUUGUCCUUGAAUUUCUUCUUUAAUUUCUUGUUGAAACUAUAAUUUAUGUCACCUUCCAAAAUCUCAAAAGAAAAUUUAAGCAAAAGAAAAUGUCAAUGAGGAAAAGAUGACAAUGAAAUUUUGUGCGUUAGUUUAAAAAUUAAAAAAAAAAAAAUUGAUUUGCUGUGAAAAGAGAAGAAGAAAAAAAGGAAUGUAAAUAUUUAUUGUCAGAAAGAAAAAAAAGAAAUUCUCUCAAAAUGUGUAAUCACAAUUAUUCCAAACCCUUUUUAAUGAAAAUCUUCUGAAGAUAAGAAAAUGUGAAGGAAAACUUGAUGAAAAUGUGUGUAUUUAUUGAAAGAAUUUUUGGGGAUAAAAUGAAGGAUUAGAGAAAGAGAUUUGAAUGUGAACAAUAUCUUAUGAUUUUUCCACUUUGAAUACAGAGAAGAACGAUUUUAGGCAAAUUUUUGCAUUCUGUAGAACUUAGGAGAAGAAGAAAAAAAACAA